AUGGAUCUCGACGCAUCCAGCACAAGCGCAGGAAAAAAACGAGUAGCAGAAGAUAUCACAGCCCCGAUAGGCUUCCAGUCUGCAGCUCCCGCCCAUGACACCCCGCCUCGCAUCCUCCGCCGUCACCACCACCGCCGCCGCAACAUCGCCGCCAAAAUAUGGGGCCCCGACAUCCCUUCCUCACCUUACACCACGCCACCUAACAGAGCCCGCACAGCCAAGCAGCCCUUCAACAUCUACAAAGCCAUUCUCCGCCACAACAACCUCUUCUUCCAAUUCGCGCUCCGCCUCCCCUAUCCCACAAUCAUCGAUCUCUACGCCAUCGACAAAGAAUUCCACUACCGCCUCAACAAAUACAGCGUCUCCCUCAUCCACGACUAUGCACGCUACCACGCCCCGCUCGCCGGCCACAUCUUCAGCUGGACGCUGUACCCGCGCCUCUGCAUCUCGGAUCCCAUGCUGCGCCCCAUGGACGACCGGCAGUGGCUCGCGCGCGACGUGCCCGGGUUCCGGUGGCUCGGCAUGAUUCUGUGGCGGCAACGCAUUGUACGCAGCAUCCUGACGAUCCUGAGCAUGGAGGGCCACCGGGUGCCCGCAGUGUGCGAAGCCGCGCUGAUGAAAUUCUGGGUGCUGAUGGAGUCGCAGACGUCGCAGCUGCGCCUGUCGUUUCUGCGUGACAAGGCCAUCUGGAGCGACGCGGAUAUCAUCGCGUUCCAGCUUUUCCUCGUCAAGCUCGACAUGCGUUUCUCGGACCCUGUGCUGGGAAACGGCGCGUGCAUGCUGGGAGCUAUGCUGCUCAGCCAGCGCAGUCUGAGUGCUCUGUGGAGAGUGCUGAGUGGCAAGGCUAAACUGGAUUAUGAUAACACGGCCGAGAUCUUGAUCAAUACGUACUGCAUUGAGGAUCUGGAUACCGAAGCGCAACCCUGGCUGGAGGAUAUGGAUGAUGGCGAGGACCGUGACGGCCAGGGACAUGGUGUCUUGGCGCGGGAGGGCUGGCGCCGUGAUGGCGCAAAGAUGCAGCAUGCGGUUGACAUGGUGAUAACCGAGGGCGUGAGAAGAGGGCUGCAUGUGCAACAGUACUAUCUUGAUUUUAUGCUCUACGGCCAUGUGGACCAUGAGAGCGGCAAGAAUGUGCCGGUGCCGACGCUACUGAAGGGAGACAAGAAGAUCCAGCUUCCGAGGGAAGGAUGGCCAGAAAGGGCGCUCAGAGACCAGACGACCAAGGCGCUUGACGUCCGUUUUGGAGUUUACAAUCGCCGCAUGGACUCGAACACACAACUAUGA